AAACGAAUAUAAUAAAUAACUACAAUACAUAAUAAAAAAUAGAAAUAAUUGUAAUGAUAUAUUUUUUUUAAAAUUGUUCUGAGUGAGAUUAGAAGGCAUAUUUAUGACUGUAUCUAUAACAGCGAUUAAAGUUAAAUAAUAUUGAACUAAGCAAAUUAUAUCCCAUCUCAGUGAUCCCCCUUGAUUUUUAUAUUAUUAUAAUUAAUUAUUAAUAGCGUGACCCUCCUGGGGUUCAGAAUAUUUCCGUACAAUUUAUAGUUACACCUCAUUUUUAUUGCACGUUUAAUUUCAAACAUUUUAUUUUCUUAAUUUUUUUCCCUCAUCAGAGAUAUAGAAAAUUUUUUAUUGAUAUUUAAAAAUAUAAUAGUUAUCAUUUUUUCAUAAACCAUUUUUUAAAUUUAUAUACCGAUAAAAAAAAUAAUUCGUUAAAUUUUACUGUUAUUGUAAUGUAAAUUUGAAGUGACAAAGAAUUCUGUGUAAAUUGUGCAAAAGUUGACGUGAAUAGAAGAAAAUCAAAAAAAAACGAUUGAAUGAAAAUUUUUGACAAGGUAUGUUUAUGGCCAAUAAUUUAAGUUUGUUCUCCAAUAGAAAAAUCCAUAAAAGAAGAAAAAAAAAAAGAAGAUACAACAAAAAAAUGAAUAAAAUUAUUCCAAUUAUGAAAAAUCAAUUUAAUUUUGAAGCUCAUAUAAUAUAUGCAACAAUAUAAACAUAUGAAAAAGAGGUCGCAUGCUUUUGGCACACAUCCACCUUAUCCACAUUGACUCUGUUUUCUCUAGAGAAAAGCGACAUCAUUGCCUCUCUCUGCCAUGAUGGUGGUAAGCUGACCGAAAUAGAAAACGAAUUUUAUGAUUAAAUUUGAAGCCGGCAGUGAGCUCCACGUGUUUUUUCAAACUAGUAUUCAAUCUCCCCUUGAACUAGAGAGAGAGAGAGAGAGAGAGAAACAAAGGAGAUUUAAAAAAUUUGUCCCCUCAAUUAAUUUUUCAUUUACUAUAAAAUUUUUUUAGCAAAAGUUAUUGCUAAUAAAAAAAUUUUGUGUAUUUAGAAAGUAAAAAAAAAAAAAAAAAUCACAAAAUAUGGCACGAGUUCCAAUGAGAUCGUCGUUAAGAAGUCGAGAUUCAUCGAGUACAUCAACUGGUGUUGACCCUCGUGAAAAGAUAAGAAAUUAUUGUCGGAAAUUAAUUGCAUUUAUGUUCACUCAGGUGGGUGUAGGUGGUCUUAUUGUUUGUUAUGCAUUGUUAGGUGCAAUGGGCUUUCAAAUGAUUGAGACCCAAGAAGAAUAUCCACACAUUAUUAUUGUCGACAAUCUACGAAAUACGUGUGCCACAGAUCUUUGGGAGGUGGCCAAAAAAUUUAAUGUUUUUAAUGAGAGCGCCUACGUUCAGGGUACUGAUAAAAUUUUACAAAAUUUCCAAAAUAAUCUCACUCAUUUUAUUAAAGAAGGAUAUAGUGGACGAUCCGUGCACGAGGUCUGGACCUAUCCGGCGGCCCUGAUGUUUUCCCUCUCGAUAAUGACGAUGAUCGGCUAUGGAAAUAUGGUCCCAAAAACUCCUUGGGGUAAAGGAACAACAGUGAUGUAUGCAGUCGUUGGAAUUCCUCUUUAUAUUUUGUAUUUUUUGAAUAUGGGAAAAGUCCUUGCCGAAAGUUUCAAGUGGCUCUACAGGAGAAUUCAUCAAUGCAGUGGUCAUCGAAAAUCUGGUGGUGCACGAAUAAUUGUACCAUCGACAGCAUGUCUUUGGGUGAUAUUUGGCUAUAUUCUCAUUGGUACGGUGAUGUUUGCUGAAUGGGAACAAUGGGAUUAUUUGGAUAGUGCAUAUUUUUGUGUGACAUCACUUUCAAAAAUUGGAAUCGGUGAUUUUGUGCCAGGUGCAAAUUUAAUAGAAUCGAGCAGUGAGAAACCAACAAAAUUAGUUAUCAAUUUUGUUUAUUUACUAUUAGGUAUGGGAUUAAUUGCAAUGUGUUAUAAUUUAAUGAAAGAAGACGUUAAAGUUAAAGCACAUGAGCUUAAGGAAGAUUUAACUCAAGGUUUAGAUGAUUUUCGACGACGAUUACUUACAUGUUGCCGAGAAAAUCCUGAUGGUUUUGAAUAAGAAUUUUUUUUUUUUCAAAGUUCAUUAAAUUUUUGAUAAUUACAUACAUUCCUUGUGUUUGUUGUUGUUGUUGUUGUUGUUAAUUUUCAAAAUUUUGGUAUCGAAAUGAUUUUCCAUAUUGAAUUUCUUUUGCAAUUUAUAAAAUUGAU